AUGCAACCUUCGAUGCUUUCUCCAAAGGCUUCUCGAUGCUUUGGGACUUCCGCACCCCUGGUCCAGAAGGGGAGCUUGGUCUUACUGACGCGGAGAGCGAGGCUUGUGGCGAUGCUCUUGGCAGGGUGCUGGCUCCAGAACGGUGCUGAGCCCAGCUUCUGUGGCAAAGUCGCAGAAGACAUACGCCUACAAUUGCCGUCGUGCGGGGCGACAAUCCCCCAACGUGGCCGAAUUCCUCGUAGAGUCCGCGAGCGAAGGCGACAAGUGCCGGAUCGCACCUCAGAUGGUGAAGCCAGACGAUUGACGGCACAAAUAAGCAGCACCGACUCGGCCACGGAAUUGCUCGCACUCCUCGAGAAGCCAGUGGAGAACAAGAACCUCUUCAAUCACUUCCACAUGUCUGCUGCCAUGACGACGCUUGCCAGGUUCAAGAAGCGGCGCCAACUUCGCCCCGCUGAUGCGAGCAGCUCUGUGUGGGCCCAGCUCGCAGCCCGACUGUCUGAAAUGCUCGUGCAGGAUGCGCUUGCACCGCGGGGCAUAGCAAAUGUGUUCUAUGCAGUCGGCGAGCUUUACGAGCAAAUGGGUGAACACACAAGCCAGGUGCUGCCAAAGCUUUGUGAAGCCGUUCAGGCAAAGGCUGCCGGAAUGGUGGAACAAGCACUUUCUAACUGCUUGCUGGCAGCUGCCAAGCUCCAAGGUUCAGCACCGGAGGCCUUGAAAGUUGUACCAACACUUACGAGGUACAUCCAGGGCAAGGCCGUGUCCAUGAAUUCCCAAGACUUGGGCAAUUGCCUGUGGGCUGCGGCGAGGCUUCAAGAUGCAUCGCCGGAGGUGCUGGAUGCCGUGCCAGCCCUGGCAAAGCGCAUUGCGGACAAGGCGCAAGACAUGAUUCCUCAAGACCUGUCCAACUGCUUGAUAGCGGCUGCCAAGCUCCAAGAUGCAUCACCAGAGGUGCUGGACUGCGUGCCAGCUCUUGCCAAGCGCAUACCAGAACAGGUGCAGCACAUGAAUCCUCAGGAUUUGUCCAACUGCUUGUGGGCAUCUGAAACACUCCAAGAUGCAUCACCAGAGGUGUUGGAUGCUGUGCCGGCUCUUGCAAAGCGCAUACCGGACAAAGUGCUACACAUGGUUCCUCAGGGACAGUCCAAUUGUCUGUUGGCAGCUGCAAAGCUCCAAGACUCCGCGCCAGAGGCCUUGGAAGCUGUACCGGCCGUCGUGCGGCGCAUGCAGGAGACCAUCAUUGCGAUGAACUUACAGGACUUGUCCAAUAAUUUCCGGGCAGUUGCAAUGCUAAGGGAUGCAUCAUCGGAUGUACUGGCAUUGGCACCAGAGCUUAUUCGGCGCAUCCACCCGGUCAUCAGACAACUGUCGCCGGAAGGGCUGCAAAUGUCGCUGCAGGCGGCGCAGCAGCUCGGGGAGGACGAGUUGAGGGACAGCUUGCAAGCCGAAAUCGACCGCCGGCAGCGAUAG